AAACAGAAGGCUAUACUAGAUUUAUUAGCCUUUGGCGUCUUCUAUACUAGAGGAACAGCGUCCAGAUCAGGGUUUAUUUCUUCAGACUUGCAGUAGUAGGAGCUGUGGCUUGGAUUAGUUAAAGGUUUGAUUGGGGUUUAAGAUCAUCAAUCUUGCUCAGUUGAUUUGGGCAAAUGAAUAUGAAUAGAGGCGUUGUUGGUGACAAAUGGUCCAUGAGGAUUUUGUGGCUCUGUGCUAUUGGAAGUGCUGUAGGCUUGUGGAUGGUUGGUGUAGACAGACAGGCUCAGAACAGGUCUAGAGCGUUAGCUGAAAGCUUGAAGGCCAUGGAUGCUGCGGAUAGCCAAAGUGGUGAAGGAGCUUAAAGAAACAGUCAAGUCAUCUCAAUAUGCGUACAUUGUCUCUAAAACCUUUUCGUAUGCCUUUUUGUAGUUCAAGUCAAAACAUUUGUUUUAGGUAUGCACUGAAUUUGUGUCUUACUGUGGGUUGCAAAUGAAAGUUUGUUUUAGUAUUCUGAUUUAAUCUUGUCCAUCUUGGAACUGAACCUAGUAUGGUGGUAGGUUGUGAAUAAGCAAAUAACGGAGUGCGAAUAUUCAGUAUGUUUCAUUAUAUCUCUGUUGUCACUUGCUAGUAUUGCAUUGUAUUGAUGGAAAAUUACCUUGAAAUGGAAUGUUCCAAUAUUUAUUUUAUACAGAUUGCUAAGAA